CUGCCGGGCUAAGUAACACGCGCGGACGUCGUUACGUACAGACAACAUGACCUAUAGUGCAUUGACGAUUUUAACCCUCUGCAUUGCUUAUGCGCAUGCGGGGAUUCUUCUUCAAAAUGCACCAGCGUGUCCCGAGCAAUAUGGAGUUCAGGCAUACGCGCAUCCUGAGCUCUGCGACCAGUUCUUCCUCUGCACGAACGGAACUUUGACUGUAGAGACUUGCGAGAAUGGCUUACUAUUUGACGGCAAAGGCGCUGUGCACAACCACUGCAACUACCACUGGGCUGUAGAGUGCGGAGAGAGGAAGGCUGAUUUGACCCCAUACUCUACUCCCGGUUGCGAGUACCAGUUCGGCAUUUACCCAGACAGCGCAGAAUGCUCCACCAGCUACAUCAAGUGCGCCUACGGAGUACCCCACCAGGAGCCCUGCACACCCGGUCUCGUGUACGACGAACGCAUCCACGGAUGCAACUGGCCCGAUCUACUCCAGCCUUUCUGUAACCCUGAAGCUGUGGUCGGCUUCAAAUGCCCAACAAAGGUACCAGCGAACACUCAAUCAGCUAAGUUCUGGCCAUUCCCUCGCUUCCCCGUGCCUGGAGACUGCUACAGACUAAUCACCUGUGUGGAGGGCAACCCCCGUCUUAUCACCUGUGAAGAAGGCAAGGUCUUCGAUGACCAGAACCUCACCUGCGAAGACCCGGAAUUAGUACCUCAUUGUGCGCACGCGUAAUUUAAAACAACAAUAAUAUUACUAAACGAAAACGAAUAUAAUUAACUAGGUUUUUUAAAUAUAAGAAUAGCUAAGGGUUUAAUCCAGAAAAGUAACUUGUUGGAUUAUACAAAGCUCACUAUUUCAUCUUAACUACUUUACGUCUUCUUUCGAUACUAUAAAAGCUUUUUAUGAGAUUAUUAUCAACUCCUGGCAUACCAGACGUACCUAAUAAAAUUAAUAUUUUCGUAUACAGAACAGUGUAUUUAAAAAUAAUAUUAAAGGUAUGUUUAAAAAGAGGAAAAUAAAAUCUUCGUUUUCGUUUUGUAAUAAACUUCACAACACCUACUUUUAAAUACCAGUUGGAAGUAAUUUUCCACCGAAGCCUAUUUAUUAAUGUGAAAUUAUUAAAAACAACGAGUAAUUAUUAUUACUUAAGUAUCGCUAUAAUAAGUGAAAUCUUAUCUACAAAAACAAAAGGUUACCAAAAUAACCAGAAUUUGCGUGAUAUUAGUUACCAUAGAGUUACCUAUACCUUAACAAAUUAUGUUUGUAUAUAUUUUUCA